CUGACUCUGUUGACAGCUCUAUAGAGAAUCUCCGCACGUCGUUUUCAGCAUAGCUGUCCUCUGCGCUGGCGAGCACCUGCUCCUCGUACUCGCGCUUCUUCCGACGGUGGGUUCUAUUUUCGGCAGCUCUUGCCACCCUGUACCUCUCUCUGUUCUGACGCGUAGCCGCAGUGAGCAUGCGGCUCCUGGCACGGUUCUUCUCAUCUGUUGCUCUCUGGCACUCACCAUCGAACCAGCCAUUAGGCUAUCUUCCACGCGUCGUACCUACCACCUCUCUCGCAGUCGUUUCGAUGGCGCCGUGAAUACUGUUCCACAGCCCAUUUAUUUCCACUCCUUCCUCCUGCUGUUCUGCGAUCCGUUGAUCCAGCUCUCUGGCGUAAUCUGUUACCACGCCAUCAGCUUUCAACCGCUGAAUGUUAAACGCGUCGUCCUCUCUGUGCGAGAUUUCAGCACGUUCGAUAACCGUGCGCGGAUCUUACAAACUACGAGAUAAUGGUCAGAGUCAAUGUUUGGUCCCCGAAAAGACCUAACAUCAGUAACAUCCGAAAAAUGCCGACCGUCAAUCAGUACGUGAUCGAUCUGGGAGCAGGCUUCUCCAUUUGGAUGCCUCCAGGUGUGCUUCCGAAUAUUCAAACGUGGAAAAUAGGAGCUACAUAUGGCCAUCCCUCUGGCCGCGGCAAAGUUUAUCAGCCUCAGGCCGUUUUCAUUGUUGACGAGUGGAGGCUAUGCCUUCCAAUGACCGGACGGAAGACUUCCUCCCUCCCAACCUGUGCGUUUGCGUCUCCGAUGACGACUUUUACGUCGUGUUUUGGGCACUCGUCAUAAAUUCGCUAAAGCUUGUCAUAGAACUCAUCUUCGACUUCAUCGGAUUUGUCGUUUGUCGGUGCAUAGGUGUUGAUUAAACUGCAGUUGAAGAAUUUUCCCUCAAUCCUCAACACGCAUAUACGGUCAUCUACGGUCCUCCACCAGAUAACUCUUGUUUUCUGAUUUCCCAGCACUACGAAACCGACGCCCCGUUCCGCUGCUUUGCCGCCACUGUAGUAGAUGUGGUACUUUAAAGAAGUGCGUGCAAUAGGGUCUACUGCACAGAAUUCCCUUUCUCCGGAAUUUGGCCACCGAACCUCCUGAAUCGCUGCGAUUUCAACUCCCUGCCGCUGUAGUUCUCGAGCAAGCAAGCCAGCCCGCGCCGGUUCAUUGAGAGAUCGGACGUUCCGGGUACCCAAUUUCCAAUCGUUUACCUCAACCUUUUUCCGUGUUCGUAGCCUAGGUCUUUGCCGAUUGAUCUGUUCCGUAUUUCUAAAUUCGUUGUUCGUGGUUGAAUAAAGGUUUCGGUAUGCCACCUUACCAGGGUCGCGAUACCUACAUCCUGCUGAUGGGGCUGCCAUCUUAGGUGUAGCUGGCGGGAUACAGCAUUCCAUAAUUCAGCCGCCCGCUUCGGGAGAUACGCUGUUGUACGCCGUCCCUAUGGGGAUACAGCCGCGUACGACCCCCUUCCCAGUCAGCAUACGACCAUAGUUUCCACCGGGGUUGGUUACCCGAUCUCCGCUAAGGUUACUCGUAUUCCGGUCGGCACCACGUGGAGGUUGGGAUAGGAGUUGCUGGACAGAGGUGAAUGGCCACAUUAGGGUCUCAAGUUACACGUGUCCAGCUAUUUGCCAACCAUAUAAAAUUAAACAUAAACAUAAAAUUUAACACCUUCACGGUUUUUGUGAUGCACUUUAUUAUUCCCCAGGACUUCCACCGUCACCAUCAGUUAUACGAGCCGAAUGAAAAAGUUAGUGAACAUUGCGCUUUGAGAAGAGAUAUGGCACCUCUGAUAUGUGAAACCUAGUUGCCAAAUCAGCGGUUUUUUUCAUCGCUUAUCUCUCCCUCUGAGGAUCUCUAGUGAAGACACUUUGUUUGUGAAGACAAAUGGAAGACAUUCGAAAAUAUGUGAAGACAUUAGAAAAUACGUGAUAUGACCCGCAUUUUGCAGAGGUGGUGACCUUUUUUUUGCUUGACAGUUUUUGAUUUGCCGGUAACUUUUUCAGUCUUUGGUCGGUCCUGAUCACGGGAAUGGCAUCGCUGUCAGCUACCAUACAUUUGACGCGUUACCAACAUCACUGGCACUGGCACCCGAAAAAUGGGCAGUUUACCCUUAUCUUAUGUUGAUUCGGGCAAACCGGCCAAAUGUUGACUGCAAUUAUUAAUAGCAUAUCAGACAGUUUUGAGCAAUUUCUUAAGGUUUUCACAUGGUAUGUGAUAUUCUAAGUGAUAUUUAGUACAUUAAUUGUGUCUUAAAGCAAAGUGAAGCAAACUGUGACAGCAGAAAAAGUAGUUUUGGGACAAACGGUACAGAAAUAGAUGUUCGUAACGCUUGAAGGCUACCAUACCAUUCCCUUGGUCCUAAUGGGCCAUCUCAGGUUGGAAGAAGCGAAAACAUUUGGAAAAAUGACCUGACAUCCUUGAGCAGAUCUUUGCCGUUUUUCGAGCAGUUUCAGCCAACUUUAAAAAAAAUCUGGCACCUCUGCAGCAGUGAUACCAAAUGUGCAGAUUUGUCAGCAAAACGCAGAUUUUUGGAGUCCGUGUGCAGAUAUAUAUUGAUUUGCAGAUAUUUGCAGUUUUUCCACAUUUCUGCAGAUUUUUGUCAGAAUAUACUUAUAUUUGCGCAGAUUUUCUUGAAAUGUGUGCAGAUUUUUACAGACUUUUGCCUGCGCGAGUGAAAUUUUUUCGGAUCACGGAUAUUUUUUUUCAGAUUUCGAGCACAUUUUUCCGGGUUUUCGAGCAGUUGAAGACAUUUUUCAAAAACAUCUGGCAUCUCUGCUCUGCAGUAAAGAAUUCGUUAGUUCGAGCGGGAAAACGAACAUGUAAACAUAGUAAAAAUCGUUGUUCGAAAAUCUGGAAAAAUAAGCGUUCUCCAUGAAUUGUGUCGUUUGUAUAAGUUGCAUGUUGUGAAGCUAAUCGAACAAUAAUCGAGUAUAGUAUACGGUUGAAGCAGACGAAAACAAUGGCCAAUCCAGAGAUCCCUCGGGCUCGCCCAAUUCUUGCAGAAAUCCCAGUGAGAACGGGCUAUUCAUCACAACGGGUCGCCACUCCGGUCGGAGUUAAUAAUAGACGAAACGGUCUGAAUCCAAGACUAGAUUAUAACCCGAUCGCAAACAUACCGGACAGCUAUUUAUCGCCAAGAAUGUCUCCUGAAGAAGCAGUAAUCCAGCAACGAGGCAGACGUCGUGUCCCCAUUAUGUGGAGUCCAGAAAAAGGGUUCCAUGUGUCACCACACAAAACUCCUACAAAAAGUAUAUCAGCAAUGACACUAAGAAGUUCGCCGAGAAAACGUUCACUGAUGAAGGAACUAUCCGAAGUUCCAACUGGUUUGGAAGCAGCACAGACUGCAUCACCAUCCAAACGCAGCACUCCAGCUAAAAAUUCAAGUCCAGGUGCAGCUAAAAAAAUGCGCAUAGAAGAAGGAUCAAUAAAUCGCAAGAGAAAAGACAUUCCGUUGGAAACUCUCCUAAAAGGUCUUAGUCAAGAGCAGCUAAUUGCUAUGGUUACUGGUAUGGUACGUGAAAAUCCUCGCUUAGAACAGACUGUUCGGAGUGACCUGCCCAUAGCCGACAUUGCUCCUCUUGAAGAACAGUUGAGUUUCCAAAAAAAGAAUAUAUCAAAGAGCCUACCUGCGACACGCUUGAUUAGUAAAACUGAUAGUCCGGCAUAUGCACGAGCAGCUACUCACCUGUUUACGUUCAAAAAAAUGAUUGUCGACCAUAGUCAAAUGCUGCACAAUUCUACACACUGGGACGCGUUGCUUGAUUAUGUUAUGAUGGCCUGGGGUUAUGUGCGAUCCACUCCGGUUUGGGACAACCCAGCUCAUAACGCCGUUCGAAAGCAUUGUUUCAAAAUCCUAUCGUAUCACGCCAGUUUUGCACUGAAGUAUGGCCACACUGAACUAGGCCACGAACGGUUAAGCAAAUUUCAGCAAAAAAUCAAAGCAAUGACCGUCGACUGCGAGGAUAUUCAGGAUUGUGUUGUUCAACUUUGCUACCUACUGGAGGGUUAUUAAAGUAUGCAGUUGCCUGUAGGAUAUGAAUUGUUCUAGGUAAUUUCGAACAGCGACUGUCUAGCGUUUAAUUUUAGCGAGUUAUGAUAAGUUCGUUCGUAUUGAGCAAACCAUCGAAGUGCAAGCCCAGCCAGCCAGGUUUAAAUGUAACGCCAGUUAGUUUUAGAGUUUCUAUCUAUACUUACCAGCUAUUCUAAAUGUUUUUUACAGAAACGUGUUACACUUAAGUAAGCUUAUGAAACAGUUGAAGCGAUAGUUGCGUCUGGUUUGGUCUGUUUUAGAGUAACUCUCUCUAAUGACACCCUAUAAGCAAAACAAGUUAGUUUCAGCAGAUUUAGGAGUACUGCUAGAUAGAUGUCUGUUUCUUUGCAGUACACAUCGUAUUAGUAACAGUAAUAUGACACGUGGUAUGUUUUCCCUAUAAGUUCCAAGAUUUGUGCUUAUGUUAUGAUAAACAUGUUAGAGAAAAUAAUUUAUGUAUGUAAUAAUUCAAUGGACAUUAAAUAAAGAUUUUGGUGGCGUUAAA